UCUGAGUUAAGUCACAAAAUCUGCAUGUGGGGCGUCGUUGCUUACCGCGUCCCACACUCCUCUUUCUUUAAUUCUGAAAUUUUUAAUAAAAGAAGAGAGAGAGACUCUGCAGUAUCCUAGGCCUUUUCUUUUGUUUCCUUUUCAACUUUUUCAGUUACUAUUUCUAUUCAUUCAAAAUAUAUCCAUUAAUUUAUUAUUUCCACCCCACUAUAAAUAUCUAUCCUUGCACACCAAGCACUGCCACACUACUCCGUCUUCCUCGCAAUCACAACACACCCAGUUCAUCCUCUGAAUCUGAUCCAUCCUUUUAAUCUUGCUCUGUGCAAUUGCAUGCAAAUGCGGUGAAGAACAACGGUUCGGUGUUUAUUUUAACAGGAUAUGGCCAUUGAAGCACAGUUGUUUCCCAACAAUGCUCCUCCGUUUCCGUUUUAUGGGUCAAAGAAUUUAAUGGCAGACAAUUCUCAAGCAGCAUAUGGUCAUAGGCAACAACCAGUAGAACAACAUCAUGCCUGGCAGAUGAAUCAGAACAUGUCUCUUGUUGAUCCCAACUUUUCUUGUUUUUCUAAUUCCAAUGUCCACCACUACGCCCUCCAUAAGAACGUUAUUCAACCUUUAGCCUCAUAUCCUCAAAGCUUGGCUAUUGUGUUUGAUCAACAGAGGGAGAUUGAUCACUGUAUCAGAUCACAGAAUGAAAAAUUGAGUAUUUUGUUGCAAGAGCAAAGGAAACAGCAUGUGUCAGAGUUAUUGAAGAAGGUGGAAGCGAAUGCUCUUCAUUUGUUGAGACAGAAAGAUGAAGAAAUAGCCCAAGCAACAAAGAAAACCACUGAGUUGAAAGAAUUUCUGACAAGGUUGGAGGUGGAGAACCAAUCAUGGCGGAAGGUAGCCGAGGAAAACGAGGCUAUGGUACUGUCUCUUCAUAACACCUUAGAAGAGAUGAAAGAAAGAGCUCUGUAUAGGGUGACAGCAGAGGAUGCAGAGUCGUGUUGGGAUGAAAACAUGAGAAACAGGGCAAUGGAAGAAGGAACGGGAGAAAACAGAUUGUGCCGUGGUGGUGGGGUGGAAGAGGUUGAACAAAUUAGGAAAAGGACAAUGGAUUGCAAAUGUUGUAAUUCUCAAAAAUCGUGUUUUAUGAUUCUUCCUUGCAGGCACCUCUGUUCGUGUAAAACUUGUGAGCCUUUUCUGCAAGUUUGUCCUGUCUGUAGUAUGCCUAAAAAGUCCAGUAUAGAGACUUUAAUUGUAUAGGCUGAUCUUUUGAAUAUGACAUCAUUUUACUAGUUUUUAUUUUUAAAGAACAAAAUUGCUUAUUUGUUACUACUAUUAAGAUUUCCAGUCAAAAUAUCGAUUAGGUGUUCCAAUA